AGGGUCGGCCCAAGGCAGCACUACACGACCGAGUGUGUCCAGCCCGUGCCUCCGCGGCAAGACUCCUUUCAGACGCCUCCGGCAGCGAUGCUCGCUGGCCUCGCUGCGGCCUCGGCCUUCGUCGUCCCCGCGCCCAGCGGGAGCGUCGUGAGCAGCGCCGUGCCUGGGCGCCGGUUCCUGGCACCGGAGGCGGCUGCGCCCGAGCAGCCUGCGAGCCUCGGCGCUGGCAGCGUCCUCGCGGCGGCAGGCGUGUGCGCCAUCGCAGCUGGCGCUGCGGCGCGGGCCGAGCACCGCCGCCCCCGCGCGCGGGCGGUGGUGGCCUGCCGCGCCGCGGAGCCCGACACCGAGGCACUCGCGAAGCAGGUGACAGCCAGCGCCGCUGCCACGAUGGUCGCCGUCAGCGCAGCGGCGGCGCCUGCGUCUGCCUACCCGAUCUUCGCGCAGCAGAACUACCCGAACCCCCGGGAGGCGACCGGCAAGAUCGCGUGCGCCAAUUGCCACCUCCAGGGCAAGUACAUUGAGGUCAAGAUGCCCCACGAGGUCCUCCCCGACACGAUCUUCAAGACCCUCAUUGAGCUCCCUCUCAAGUACGAGAAGAGGGUUCAGCCGAUCGCCGACGGCUCCAAGGCCAGUCUGAACGCUGGCGCUAUCGCGAUCAUGCCCGAGGGUUGGAAGCUGGCGCCGAAGGACCGGCUCCCCAAGGCGCUGAAGAAGCAGAUGAAGGGGCUCGCCUGGUCGCCCUACAGCAAGGACAAGCCUAACAUCGUCGUCGCAGGGCCGGUGCCAGGAAAGAUCUAUGAAACGAUGGUGCUCCCGAUCCUCGCCCCCGACCCCAACAAGACCCCCGAAAUUGUUUUCAACAAGUACGAGUUCUACUUCGGGGGCAACCGGGGACGCGGGCAGGUCUACCCGGAGGGCAACCUCAGCAAUGUCAACAUGUAUACCGCGGCGGCUGAGGGCACCGUUACCGAGAUCGUCCCGGGAGAGAAAGUGGUCAUCACGAAGGCGGACGGCACGGCUGUGGACUCGCUCAUUGGCAAGGGGGCCACAGUGGUGGUCGAGGUCGGCGAGAGCGUGAAGAAGGACGAACAGAUUACCACGAACCCCAACGUGGGUGGCUUUGGGCAGGAAGACAAAGAGGUGACGCUGCAGGACAUGAACCGGGUGUACGCGUACUGCGGCCUGUCCAUCUCGAUCUUCCUGGCCCAGCUGGUUUUUGUGCUGAAGAAGAAGCAGUUCGAGAAGGUGCAGCUGGCCGAGGGCUUCUGAUCAGUAGUCCGCGAGAGGGCACGCCCUGCGGCACCCCAGCCUCCCUCCUCGCAUCUCUUAUCUAGGCCUCGAAAAUGGGGAAGCCUCUAUCCUACGGCCGCCUCCAGGCGAGAAGAGUUUUUGUGUUUGCGGCCGGCAUUUUCGGCCCGCCCGCGGGGAAUCGGAUCCCCCCCGCGAGAGCCCAGUCUGGCACUGUUCGUUGGCGUGAAAGGAAGUAUAGUAUGGAGCAGACUGGUCUGUGGUGACCUGGCGGUGGCCUGCGGCCUGUGCGCCUCUUGUGUGUCCCCUCGAGCUCCUGCACAGCCCCAUGUUCGCAUGCGUGCAUCAUCAGGUGUCA